CAAAUCCCGGCUCUGCCUGAUCAGCUGGGUGAUCUUAGGCACAUUCCCAGACCUCUUUGUGCAUACUUUCCUCACGUAUGCACUAAUCACAUAGAACAUGACAGAACAAACAGGUGCUUGUUGUUCUUACUAAUAACACACAGCACAGCGAAAUCAUGGCCCAGGCUCUGGGUGUACUGUAGCCACUGAGUGCAGCUGGUUCUUUAUGCAGAGGCCCCUGGAAUGGUGCUGCUGGAGCCUCAGUGUGCAUGCAGAUGUCGGGGACACCCUGUUAAGGUGCAGGUUUGGGCUAGUAGGUCUGUGUUGGGGCCUGAGACGCGGCAUUCCCAUGAGCUUCUGGGGAUGUCAGUUUUGCUGGUCCUGGACCAUACUCUGAGUAGCAAGGCGCAGACCUGUGGGAGUUCUCCCCUCUGUUGCCUGGUGCCCUCACCAGAGUGUGCCUGGCUGACAUCAGUUAGAGCUGCUUUCUCAGGAUUGCCCUUCAGGGCCUUCCUGCUCUGCCUUAUCGCCUCUGCUCUGCCCAUCAGGGACGCCGCCUCGCUCACCAUCCCAAGUUGGGUUCCAGAGAGAGGACGCCAGGGAGGAGGCUGGGUGUCUCCUUCCAUGCUUGCCUUUGGUCUUUGUGGGCCUGCCCUGGGUGGAGAGUGCAGGCUACGUGGGGUGGGGCUUGAGGGGAACCCAGCUUCUGCUCUGUGUCCAGCCUGCUUCAUGGGACUGGGGCCUGGGGGCAGGGCUGAGUGUAGAACUUGGCUUGAUGCCUUAGGAGUGAUGCUCUGUGUUUUCCAGGGACAGAGGGUCUUGCGAAUGGCCCCACUGCCGGGGGCAGAGCUGGUCCGGAGGCCGCUGCAGCUCUACCGAUACUUGCUGCGCUGCUGCCGGCAGCUGCCGACCAAGGGCGUCCAGGAGCAUUACAGACAUGCUGUCAGGCAGAGUUUCCGGGUUCAUUCAGAUGAAGACAACCCUGAGAGAAUCCAGCAGAUCAUUAAGAGAGCCAUUGAAGAUGCUGACUGGAUCAUGAACAAAUAUAAAAAACAAAACUGAGACUCCGAGGCCCAGCGAGUGAAGCCAUCCUGAACACAUUUGAAGCUGAAGACCUCUCUUCUUCUGGAACUCGGCAGCAGCAGCAGUUUUGAAAUAGUCAUCGGCCUCGUCAGCUGAAAGAGCGAAAUAUCAGGGGAGGGAGAAGCGGACUUUGCUCAGACGAUUCUCCUCGCCGCAGUCAUGUUUCCAGCAUCCUUUAUGUUUGCUCUUCCAGCCAGUCACGAUGUGAAAUUGGGGGAGAAUAUGGUGUUUUUUUGUUUUUUUAGUGUGUUUUUUGUUUUCGUUUUUUUGUUUUUUUACUUUGCUCUGAAAGUGAUUCAUUUAUUCUGGAGAUCUCUUUACCACUCUCUGAAUCCCAAUGUAGACAUUCCCUCAGGUGGCAGCCUGUACCGAAGAAAGAGGAUGGGGCUUAGAACCAGACAGAUCUGGAUUUAACCCCCCCCUUCCCCCCGUGGCUUUUCACAAGUAUUGCCUUUGAGCUCCGUUUCCUCUUUGGGAGGAUCAAAUGAGAUGGAGUUGAAGUGCCUCACACAGGGACGGUACAGGAGAGCACAGUCAGUGUCCCCUCUGAGGAAGCCGCCCAUGCUGCCCCUCCUCUGCCCCAGCACACAGCAGCUCGGGUCGUGGCCAUUUGUUUAUAGCUUGCUCUGUCCCGCUUGUGGCCCCUGAGCCCUCAUUGCUGUACAGUGCCUAAUCUGCCAAAGAUCUGUUUUUUCUGGCUCCCAUCACUCCAUGCCCAGGCAGUACUUGCCUUCAAGGAAUUUGUAGUGUUCUUGAGUUUAUAGUGUCCCUGAGGUGGUGAAACAUGCAUGACAUGGACAGGGAAGAGGGCCAGAGCAGGGGCAACAGACACUGGCGGGUUCAGCGUCUGUGGACCUGUGACCGGCCCUUCCCUGUGUUGCCACCAUCGCUGAAGAACAGAAGGGAGGGAAGGAGGGCAGGCUCGGGGAGAACUGGCCCCAGUGGAUAGGGCAGCCAGAGAUACAAAGAGAAGGCGCACAGGGGCUUGGGUGUUCCCCAGGGGCGCUUGGCCAGAGAGAUAAGCCAGCGUGUGUUUGUGUCCUUGCAAUUAUGUGACUCCAGUGACUCAGAUACCUCUAUAUGUUCACGUGUAUGCAGCUAACAAUGAAGUAAA